AGAGCAAGAAGCGGGGCUGGCACCGGGGACAGGGCAGGAAUGACCGGGGCUGGGAGCAGGGACAGGGUGCAGCAGAACCGGUCCGGGGCUGGCACCGGGGACACGGCAGGGACCGGGCUCGGAACGGGACCAGCACCGGGGGCACGGCGGGAUGGCCUCGGGCAAGACGAGGCUGGCACCGGGAGCGCGGCAGGAAGGACCAACGUUCGGGUCGGUGUUCAGACCGGGGCAGGGCAGGACGGACCCGGCCCAGGCUCGGUCCGGGGCUCAGACUGGGGCACGGCGGGACGGACCGGGACCGGACCGGGGACUCGGCAGGACGGACCAAGACCGGGCCGGGGGCACGGCAGGACGGACCCGGCCCAGGCUCGGUCCGGGGCUCAGACGUGGGCAUAGCGGGACGGACGGGACCGGACCGGGAACUCGGCAGGACGGACCGGGAGCGGACCGGGAGCACGGCAGGCUCGGUCCGGGGCUCAGAGCGGGGGAUCGGCGGGACGGACCGGGACCAGACCAGGGGCACAGCAGGAUGGACCCGGCCCGAGCUCGGUCCGGGGCUGAGACCGGGGGAUCGGCGGGACCCUCCCGGUCCCGGUGCCGGUGGCGGCUGAGCCGGGGCGGGGGCGUGGCCAGCCCGCUCAGGUGGGCGGAGCCACCACAGGCCCCGCCCACUCGGGGCCGAGCGCCACGCGGCCGGGCCCUGGCAACGGCGGGGCCCUCGGCGCCCGUCCCGGGCUGCCCGCGGCGCCGCCUGCUCGCGGGACGGCCCCGCCGCGGCCCGAGGAUCUGCUCCCGCUGGUCCGACCGGUCCGCCCGGCUCCACCACUCCGCCCGGCUCGUCCGCCGCCCGCUCCGAGCGGCCGUGACCCGCGGAGGUGACAGCGGAGCCCGGAGGAUGCGGGGCCGGAUCCCGGGUACCUGCGGAGCCCCGGGGGUGCGGGGCCGGAUCCCGGGAAGCUGCGGAGCCCCGGGGAUGCGGGGCCGGAUCCCGGGAAGCUGCGGAGCCCCGGGGAUGCCGGGCCGGAUCCCGGCCCUGCUCGGCCUGGCCCUGGCCUUGGCAUCGGUGGUGCCCACGGCCGGAGCGCGCCGGAGCCAGGACCUGCACUGCGGAGCCUGCCGGGCGCUGGUGGACGAGCUGGAGUGGGAGAUCGCCCAGGUGGAUCCCAGAAAAACCAUCCAGAUGGGCUCGUUCCGCAUCAACCCCGACGGCAGCCAGUCGGUGGUGGAGGUGCCGUACGCUCGCUCCGAGGCGCACCUGACGGAGCUGCUGGAGCGCGUGUGCGAGAAGAUGAAGGAGUACGGGGAGAAGACGGACCCGGCCACGCACCGCAAGAGCUACGUCCGCGUCAUCUCCCACGACGGCACCAAGAUGGACCUUUCCGGGGUCAAAUUCGACGGGGACGUCACCUCCAGCCUGAAAUUCGCGUGCGAGAGCAUCGCUGAGGAGUACGAGGACGAGCUGAUCGAGUUCCUGUCGCACGAGGCUGAGAACGUCAAGGACCGGCUCUGCAGCAAGAGGACGGACCUGUGUGACCACGCGCUCCACAUCCCGCACGACGAGCUGUGACUGCUCCGGAACGGGGACCGGGACGGCCCCGGGACCCACUGGGACGGCUCCGGGACAGCACCGGGAUCCCCCGGGAUGGCACCGGGACCCACCAGGAUCACCCGGUACCACCGGGACAGCCCCGGUACCCACCGGGAUGGCCCUGGGACCCACUGGGAUGGCCCCGGGACCCCCCAGGAUUGCCCGGUACCACCGGGACAGUGCCGGGACCCACGGGGAUGUCCCCGGGACCCACCGGGAUGUCCCCGGGACAGACGGAUCUGCUGGGACCCCCACGGCUCCGGAGCUGCUGCCUCGCCCCGUGCGGAGCUCCCGUCCUGUUUAUUCCCCGUCCGGGACCACCGGGACGGCUCCUGCCGGGACAUUUCAGGGACAUUCCUGCCCGGUGCCGGGGGACACGGGGGACGCACCGGGGCUCAGCCCCCGCGGGGUGGGGGGUUUGGGGACCCCCCCUCCCUUUUGCAGGCAAUAAAGGGGCCGUGGGCCCACCCGAGGGCA